AUGGCUGCUAACGCUGAGUUCAACUGGGAUAAUGUUGAUGUGAAGAAGAAAUGGGAUGCCUUCACCAAGUUUGGAGCUGCCACUGCUACCGAAAUGACUGGAAAGAACUUCGAUAAGUGGCUAAAAGAUGCAGGUGUUCUUGACAACAAGACCAUCACCGGAACCAUGACUGGAAUUGCUUUCAGUAAAGUCACUGGACCGAAGAAGAAGGCGACAUUCGAUGAAACCAAGAAAGUUCUGGCCUUUGUUGCCGAGGAUCGCGCAAAAAAGAGCCAGAAAUCUAUCCAAGACGAAUUAGAUGCUAUCACCGAGAAGCUUGCGAAAUUAGAGGCUCCGAGUGUUGGAGGAGCAGCGAAGACAAACGCAGGAGGUGUUUACAGUCGUCUUACAGACCAUACGAAAUAUACUGGAGCCCACAAAGAGCGAUUCGACGCUGAAGGAAAAGGAAAGGGCAAAUCUGGCCGUGACGACACCGCCGAAAACACUGGAUAUGUCGGAGCAUACAAAAACAAGGACACCUAUGAUAAAGCCCACGGAAAGUGA